AUGCAUCCUCGUUACAAAGAAGGAGACAAAGUUAGUUACAAGCCGGUCGGCGGCGCGCAAUCCAGAACCAGCAAAAGCGUCGGAGUCAUUCGUGAAAUGAAGGGAGGCCGUAGCUCGACAGAUGACGAGCCGCGCUAUAAAAUCGAGAACAUGCACACCCACAAGAGCUCCAACAUCAAGGAGGGUAACAUUGAGGGACCGGCGGAUUAA